CCUCUUCCCCCUCACCUAAUCGUCUAUGGGCGGUGGCCCCAGGACAGAGAGAGGGGCGUGCCCACGGGUUGCAAAGUAGUCAUGCCCGUGUGAUGCUCCCUCCUCCCAUCUCACUGGUGCUAACCUCACUUAUUCUCCUCUGCCCGUCUGCGGAGCUUGGGCCAUUCCACCUUCCACCCUGAGCAGUUCUCCGCCGGCUCAGCGAUGGAGGAGGAGCUGAAGUGCCCAGUGUGCGGCUCCCUGUUUCGGGAGCCCAUCAUCUUGCCAUGUUCCCACAAUGUCUGCCUGCCUUGUGCUCGUACCAUCGCGAUGCAGACCCCGGACGGUGAGCAACACCUGCCCCCGCCGCUUCUGCACUCUCGGAGCUCAGCGCUGUCCUCAGGCGCCGCCACCGCGCCCCCUCUAGACCAGGAGGCGGCGGCUGGCCCGGCUUGCAGCGGCGCGGGCGGAAGCGCAGCUGGCGGCCUGGGCGGCGGUGCGGGAGGCGGCAGCGACCACGCGGACAAGCUGAGCUUGUACAGUGAGACAGACAGCGGUUAUGGCUCUUACACCCCGAGCCUCAAGUCCCCAAACGGGGUUCGAGUGCUGCCCAUGGUGCCCGCGCCUCCCGGCUCCUCCGCCGCUGCUGCCCGGGGCGCCGCCUGCUCCUCGCUGUCCUCGUCCUCAAGCUCCAUCACGUGCCCGCAGUGCCACCGCAGCGCUUCCCUGGACCACCGCGGCCUGCGCGGCUUCCAGCGCAACCGACUGCUUGAGGCCAUCGUGCAGCGGUAUCAGCAGGGCCGCGGGGCGGCGACGGGGUCGUCCGCAGCGGCUGCGGUGGCCAUCUGCCAGUUGUGCGACCGCACCCCGCCGGAGCCGGCCGCUGCGCUCUGCGAGCAGUGUGACGUGCUCUACUGCGCUGCCUGCCAGCUCAAGUGCCAUCCGUCCCGGGGACCCUUCGCUAAGCAUCGCCUGGUGCAGCCGCCGCCGCCGCCCGCGCCAUCCGAGGUCGCCUCCGGGUCCCCGGGCGCUGUCCAGGGCGCCCCCAGCGGAAGCGGCGGCUGCAAGAGCCCGGGAGCCACCGGGGCCGGAGCGGCGGGGGGCAACACCGCCCGCAGGUACCCUACGUGCCCCGAGCACGAAAUGGAGAACUACAGCAUGUACUGCUUAAGCUGCCGAGCCCCGGUGUGCUUUCUGUGCCUGGAGGAAGGCCGGCACGGCAAGCACGAGGUGAAGCCGCUGGGGGCCAUGUGGAAACAGCACAAGGCCCAGCUGUCUCAGGCCUUAAAUGGAGUUUCCGAUAAGGCGAAAGAAGCAAAGGAGUUUCUGGUUCAGCUGAAGAACAUUCUGCAGCAGAUCCAGGAGAAUGGCCUGGACUACGAGGCCUGCCUGGUGGCUCAGUGUGAUGCACUGGUCGAUGCUCUGACCCGGCAGAAAGCCAAGCUGCUCACCAAAGUCACCAAAGAGAGGGAGCACAAGCUGAAGAUGGUUUGGGACCAGAUCAAUCACUGCACGCUGAAGCUGCGCCAGUCCACUGGGCUGAUGGAGUACUGCCUGGAGGUGAUCAAGGAGAAUGACCCCGCCGGGUUCCUGCAGAUCUCCGAUGCCCUGAUCAAGCGUGUCCAGGUGUCUCAAGAGCAGUGGGUCAAAGGCGCCCUGGAGCCCAAAGUGUCCGCAGAGUUUGAGCUGACCUUGGACAGCGAGCCACUGCUGCAGGCCAUCCACCAGCUGGACUUCAUUCAGAUGAAAUGUAGGGUGCCGCCCGUGCCCCUGUUGCAGCUGGAGAAGUGCUGCACCCGCAACAACAGCGUCACGCUGGCCUGGAGGACGCCGCCCUUCACCCACAGCCCCGUGGACGGCUACAUCCUGGAGCUAGACGACGGCGACGGGGGGCAGUUCCGGGAGGUGUAUGUUGGCAAGGAGACCCUGUGCACCAUCGACGGCCUUCACUUCAACAGCACAUACAAUGCCAGGGUCAAGGCUUUCAACUCCUCCGGCGUUGGGCCCUACAGUAAGACUGUGGUCCUGCAGACAUCCGACGUGGCCUGGUUCACGUUUGACCCCAACUCUGGGCACCGGGACAUCAUCUUGUCCAACGACAACCAGACAGCCACCUGCAGCAGCUACGACGACCGGGUGGUGCUGGGCACGGCGGCCUUCUCCAAGGGCGCACACUACUGGGAGCUGCACGUGGACCGGUACGACAGCCACCCGGACCCCGCCUUUGGGGUGGCCAGGGCCAGCGUGGCCAAGGACAUGAUGCUGGGCAAGGACGACAAGGCCUGGGCCAUGUACGUGGACAACAACCGCAGCUGGUUCAUGCACGGCAACUCACACACCAACAGGACGGAAGGCGGUGUGUGCAAGGGGGCCACCGUGGGCGUGCUGCUGGACCUGAAUAAGCACACUCUGACCUUCUUCAUCAACGGGCAGCAGCAGGGCCCCACGGCCUUCAGCCACGUGGACGGGGUCUUCAUGCCAGCCCUCAGCCUCAACCGCAACGUUCAGGUCACUCUGCACACGGGACUGGAAGUGCCAACAAACCUGGGGCGGCCAAAGCUGUCAGGCAACUAGCCUGCCAGGUCCUGCUCUGCGUGGCCGUCCCUCACUGCACUCACAUAACCCCUGAAGGAGCACAGCCACAUCCCGGGUGCAACCCAGCAGCCUCUGAGCAUCUUAGAGACCCGCUUUCUUUGAGGGAUAGAGAAUGUCUGCAGGCCAUGCUCGCUGAGGCCACAGAGGGUGGUGAACGUGGGUGCUUCCUGUCGUUCCACCGGGCAUCACAGACACGAAGAAGGACGUUUGUCAAGACAGCGAGGAAGUAUUUGGGGUUUCGUUUGGUUUCCUGCCUUCUGUUUUCAAUGCUUGUCUUUUGCAGG